AUGGCUGCCGCGCUGCCAUCCGACCCGCGGUCCAAUACGUUCUUCUCGCACUUGCGGGCAGGCGACACAUACUCUCUCUAUAGAUGGACAAUUUCGGCGAAAAACACGGCAGAAGAGGCCAGCAGACGACAUGAGCUUAUGGCGUCGCUUCCUUCGCUGAUGUUCUCCGAGCUUUUACGGUGUCUCGAUCCGUUUGCAGUGAGCGAGCAUUGCGACUAUGUAGGAAACGUUGCCAUUUCGGAUGGAAUGACACGACUCACACCUUUGGGCAGCCAGGUCGACCAGUAUGGCAUCCGGCUGGUGUACACGUCGCUGUUCCGCGAGCUGCAGAUUGUGUGUGCAUUGCGGCAGGAGGCGCAGUUGAGUCUUCUGUUCCAUGACUACAUCGUGCUGUUGCGCUACGCCGGUGCCACCUCAGACACGGUCGCGGCCAAGCGCAUCUGGCGCGAGAUGGAGGAAGAAGGGUUCAUAGAGUGGCGGCAAAGUGAUCUGUACCGCGAAUUUGUGCGGGCGCGGUUUCUGACAGACACGCUGUAUGCGCAACAAGAUCCGUUUCGGCUACGCGUGCGGCCGGUGAACCUGCACCGACAGAAGCUGACGAUGUACCGACCGCGGCUGGACCAGCUCGACCAUCUGCGGCAGGGGCUGGAGCGGUACAGGGUGCAGCGGACGGGACAGAACCCCAACCAGCCCGACUAUGCAGAGCACCUGACGCGGAUUCUGCGCAAGACGAAGCCGGUAAACAGGCUGUAUCGCAUGGUGUCAGAUCUCGGCAUCGCGCGCGACGAGCGGCUGCUGGCGGCGUUUAUGGUGGCUCUGGGGCGAACGGGGUCGCUGACGGCGAUGGCUGAGAUGCUGGCGCAUCACUGGGAGAUCAUAGUGACGUGGGACAAGGCGACAAGCACAGUGACGGUGAGCGGGGGCGCCGGGAUUCCGCCGGAGUCGCCGAUGCGGCCGUCAGUGGUGCUGCUAGAAGCGGUGGUGCAGGCAUACUGCGCGAGCGGUGCGGUGGCGUGUGCGCUGCAGGUGAUGGACCACCUCUCGCGGCGGUACGACAUUGCGAUCCCGCAACAUCUGUGGUUCAGCCUGCUGAGCUGGACGUACGUGAUGACAUCCAAGCCGGCGGCGACCGAGUGGCGGGCAGCAGGAUUUCCGGAGCAUGCACUGGGUCCGGCGGCCGUGCAGCUGGUGUGGACGGCGAUGACGUCGGCACCGUACAACGUGCAACCGGGAUUUGCGCAGUACGACGUGCUGAUCAAGACGCGGAUCUGGCAGCGCAAGCUGUCGGAGGCGCUGCGGCUGAUGCGCGAGGCGCGACGCAUGUACGAGACCCAGCUGGGCGAGUACGAGGCGGCGGUGCUGGAGUAUGCCGAGACGGCGCGGCAAGGCGUCGGCCGGAGUACGGCGGCGAGGCGGCUGAACCGGGCGGGCGGCCGGAAGUGGUACAUGUGGUACUGCCUGCAAACGUGGUGCCGAGCGAUCCUAAAGCGAACGCAGCCGCGUGGUGUGCACGACGUGCGAGUGGUUCAAGGCAUCCCGGCCCUGAUCGACGAGUUCCGUCCGUUUGUGCCGUAUCUGGCCCAAUAUCACAUCACGACUGGCUUUGUGCAGCUGCGCGAGCCGGAUUGGCACCCGAGGCGAAUGGUGCACCAGACGGUCUAUCUGCCAGCUCUGCGGCCGCACGCAAAGUAUCGACGACACCGGGGCAGCAGCCGUGGCAGCAGCAACUUCGACAACGACGGUGAAGGGGGCCCGGUGGUGGUCGACGUCGGCGACAAAUGGCACGAGAAGCGGUUGAUCCCCGGCCUGUUACGACGUCGGGUCGCGUGGGUGCAUGGGCCAGGGCGACGACUGCCAGACCUGCGGGCGCUGGGGCCGACGACAUCGCGUGAGUGGUUGGUGCAGGAGUUUGCUUGA